AUGGAGCUGCAUGAAUUGGAGAAUGAGAAGAUUCCGACCGAAUUGUCUCGCGAGUACACCUAUUCCACAGUCGAAUCUUACGUGACAGAUCUCCUGAGAGGCCAUGACAGCCGCCUUCGAAACCAGCCCAAUGCCGUGAACAAUGUUCAAGAUUGUGGGUAUCAGAUAUCAGCACUAGCCGCAAUGCAGACAGUAGCGCCGUUGUUUUUCCGCCGAGACCUAAGUCGUGGCCCUUUUGUGUUUACUUUGACCGAUCUCCACCAGAGCAAUAUUUUCGUCGAUGAUCAGUGGUGGAUCACUUGUCUGGUGAAUUUGGACUGGGCCUGCUCCCGGCCUGUUCAAAUGGUCGAACCACCUUACUGGUUGACUAAUAAAGGCGUGGACGAGGUCGACGCUGGAGAAUACGAUGCACUUCGAACAGAAUCGUUAGCCAUCAUGAGUGCCGAAGAGGAAAAGACCGACAAAUCCAGUCAUAUCCCCUCCGCGACAGCCGACAAAGUCUCGCUACGACUAUCAAAGGUUAUGAAUGAAGCCUGA